AUGAAAAUGAAGAAAUUCAUGACAACUAAAACGUCUGCCGUAAGCACACCGUCACCGUCGCCACCUGCAAUGUUUUCCUUCGAUACCCUGCUGCACCAACAGGUAGCAGAUCGCAAUGGAAGUUCAACGUCUCCGAGCACACCGGAACGCAAUGGGAACGAUGACGACGACGACAACAGUAUGCCGAGCGUUGCACUACCACCACCAACACCUACCGCCAUACUGUCGGUGGCCACUGCGCUGUGUGCAAUGGAUGACAAAGAGGUUAAGACUGUGAAAGAAUCCUCCCCGGCACGAGUACUAGCGUCAACUGCCGAUUCGCCAUCGUCGUCCACCUCCAACACCGGCGUGGUAAAGAUGUGUGGAUAUUUGAAGAAGAAAAGAAAUAGGAUGGGUGGAUGGCGAAAGUUAUUCUUCAUACUCCAGAAUCAACUACUGCUGUCGUACUCGUCGCGUGAUGACUACGAGAAGAAGCUCGCACCGUUUAAGGACAUCAUCAAUCUGGUGCCGGGCACAGUCAUUAUCCCAACCACUGGACCGCGUUUCACCAUCGAAACGAACUCGAAGCUUAUGUAUACAUUCCGCUGUGAUGAUCAUCGUAGCUGUUCCGAAUGGAUAAUGGCACUGCUAGAUAGUUUAACCGUGGCAAACGGAGGCAUGAGUGCUGACCGUAACUUCAGCUUGCAUAAUAGCUUCCAGCGCUCCACCCUACCACUAUCGUCGUUUUCGUUGCCAGCGAACUGCAAACCGUUUGCGGAUGUCAUUAGCCGGUCGAACGGACCGGCACUAGCUGCGUUAAAGAAGCGGGCUCCCCAGCCACCGAACCGUCCCGGACCACCUAAGCCACCGCGCAGCUUCAGCGCGGAAGCGACUGUGCGGCAUCGGGCAUGCGGAACCGCCCGAGAACCGAAUGACAAAGAUGAUCUCAACAAUAAUGUACUGAAGGUGCCAGAUAGUACCGCUUACGAAGGGAAAUUGAUGGCUACCAACAGCCUCUCGAACUCACGGGAUAAUGGUACGAAACUGUCCGGCACCGGCGAGAACGAUGAUAAUGGACGACCCGAGACUGUCGUCCCGCUGGAAACACGAACGCCCAUCGGUGCGAGGGACAACAGUGCCGACCAGACGGCAAGGGGUCGCACGGUACUGGUAGAUCGACGAGCCGGCGUCAAGAGUGCCGUUGAAGAUGGAGGGGUCGAACCGAAGGCGGAGGCACGGCAGAAGGAGGAACUCCGCGACCGACCGAGGCAGCAGAUAUUUCGACUGCAUCAGGAUGUUUGGAGCAAAUCGCACCACCAGUCGAUGGAUGUGUGUCGCAUCAACAGCAUGUUUAACGAGCGUCCCAGCAUGCCAGCAACCAUCGACAGUGCUCAAGGUAUUAAACAUCCCCAGCAUUCUGAUACUCUGGCCGAAUCGAUGUCCAAAUCUGUCUGCUCACCGUCCAGUAGCGACGUGGUCGAUAAUGCAGCAUCUUGCAACUCGCAUGUUUACGAGGAGGUUGGCAUACCGGUUGAAUUGCAGAAUGCCCUGAUGGAGACGGAACCGAUCUACGCCGUGGUGGAUGUGCGGGCCAAACGGUCCCGUCGGUUAGCUCGCACGCUCGACACCAACACCGGACAGCCGGACGAUCGGGCCGACGGUGGCCGAAAGGUGUCCGUAUCCUUACCACAGAUUUCCGAUGGCGUUGAGCUGGUCACCGGUACGGCGCGGCGCCCAGUAACCGCACGUAGCUGCAGCAACUACGAUGACUACGAAGACGUCAACUAUCUGUUUGAGACGCACCGAUCGACCGGUGGCACGGAGACGGACAGCGUCGGAACGAACGGAUCACAGGAACCACUACCGAUGCGCCACGAAGCGUACGGUGAUGAGCACAUCUACGAACCGAUACAAGUUUCCGAGCGCAUACCGUCCAUUACGACGGGUUCCUCGUCGUCUCUGCCUGCCCCAACCGACCAUCACCACAGCCACAGCCUGUGGCGACAGCUGAAGCGUAUGCAGCUGCAAGGAUCCUGGCGCCGGUUAACGCACCGGAACGGUUCUACCCACACCCAAACACCAAAACCACAAUCAACCGAACCACCCCACACCGCCCGGUCGGCGACGGUGACCGCCCUCGAGGGAUUGGGCCGCCGGUUCGACAGCCAUCGACGUUCGAUCAAGAAGCGCAUCAAGAACUUGUGCGAACGUAUCGAUCCGGCUAGCGGGACGACGGUCCCCGGUGCACAGCACCAAACACCCGCGCCGGAACCAUCCCCACCGGACACAUCAACCGGUGUACGGUCACGCAAAUCCGUAUCGCUCGACAGCUUUCUGCUCGCGAAAGGUCAAGCGUCUGUGCCGAGAUAUUAG